GGAAUUUCCACCAGUACUGUAUCACAGUAGAGUACAGUAGAACAUGAUUAUGUGGUGCAUGGAUGUCAUUUUUCAACUGUUUAAAAUGAAUUUAGCCUUCUAGUAAACACUGACAUUCUACUGAUCACACUUCUGGUAUCAACUCCGAACAGUUACACUUGAAUCAAGAUGUCUCAGUAUGUAUCCAAAGCUUUGCAGUUUAUGGAUAAAAAAGAUCUUGAGUGUGCCAUCUGCCUCAGCAGGUUUCACCAACCAAAGACACUGAAAUGCAUGCACACCUAUUGUCUACAGUGUAUCCAGAAAUGGGUGGAAACUCAUGGAAAGAUGAAAUGCCCCACAUGUGCACAAGAACAUGACCUAACAAGGUAUGACUUAAAAGAGCUUACUUCAAAUACAAUGAUAAGUCAACUACUAGAGUAUGUCAUAAAAACUGAGGAUCAAAAACCAACUAAAUGUACUUGCUGCAACACUAAUCAACCUGAAUACCACUGCCAGACAUGUCAACUGUAUCUAUGUGGAGCUCCAUGUAUCAAACAACACCAGAUAAUACCUGCAUUGAGAAACCAUUCACUUUAUACACUAGACAAGAAGGAACAUGAGGGCAGUUCAGACAAAUGCAAAGUUCAUUGCAACAACACAUUGGAAUUCUUCUGCUCCACUUGCAACAGAUCAGCAUGUAAGCAUUGUGAACACAUUCUUCGCUGUUAUCAGAAAGAACAUAAAGUGAUUCCAAUGUCAACUGCUAUAAUUGAGUUUAACAACGAUGCCACUGAAAUUGUCAAGUUAGCGCAUGAAAUUGAAAAUAAGUUAAAAAGAAAACUAGAAUUCAUAACUAAAGAUAGUUCUGAAUUUGAUUCUCAACUAAACUUUUGCAGAACAGCCAUCAAAAUUCAGAAAAAGAAACUUAUUACAACAGUUACGGAAAAAAGCAGAGAGUUGAUUUCAAAACUUGAAGAGAGAUAUAGAGAAAAAAAAGAAGACACUGACAGUAAAGUUCAAGAUACUGAUUCAAAAAUGACUCAAGUAAAUAAUCUGAUAGUCUCAGUAAAUACAAUUAUUAACAAACCAGAAGAAAAAGACAUUCUUGAAUCCCAUAAGACAACUAUCAACACUGUCAGAGACAAGGUCCUAGGAAAAGAAUUUUUUCAAAGGAAAGUUAUUACACCACACUUCAUUCCAUCUACACACUUGGAUGAGUCGAUUGUUGCAGAGGGCGUUGGUAAAAUCACAACUUUUGACAGCAUGUACAGUGUAGCUAAAGAUGAUGAAUUUAUUAAUGUCAUAAAAGAACAACCAUUUGUAGUUAAAAUUUCAAGUCUAAUAGAUAGCGAUGCUUGUCAAUUAACUGCUGUACUAAUCAACCAAUCAGGUGAAGAAUCAGCAACAGAGACAGAAUAUAUCAACAGUAGAGAGUACAAAAUAACAGGUAGAUGCAACGUGGAAGGUGAUUGGCAAAUGAAAAUAACUUCUGGAGUUGCUGCACCCAUCAAAGGAUCUCCAGUGAAUAUCAAGGUGGAAUCACUGGGACUUGUACAUACCAUUGGUAACAUAGCAGAUUAUAAAGAACAUAUGAAAAGAAAUAAAGUGACAGAUGUAGUGUUAGAUACAGAUGGUCAUAUAUUAGUAUCAAGCUAUAGUAAAGAUAUAAUAAAGUUCAAUCAAUCAGGUUUAUUUGUUGCUAGGGUACAGGUGCCACAAGAUGUGAUGAUCAAUAAAAUGCAUCCAAUGGAUGACGGUCACAUCGUGUAUAGUGACUACAUAGGGAAAUGUGUUGUAAUGUGUGAUGACCAAUUUGAAGAAAUCACCACAUUUGGUAAAGGAAUAUUGAAAUACCCAGAGGGCUUGACAGUAAAUAUGAAAACUAGAGUCUUGUAUGUAGCAGAUCGUGAGGCUCACUGCGUGUUUAAAUUUAAUGUUGAUGAUGGUAGACUGCUGGGUAAGAUAGGUUCAGAAGAUUGUAAAUUUGGUGGCCCAUAUAAUGUAACUAUUACGAAGGAAGAUUAUGUGAUUGUUGCUGACGUUAAAAAUAACGCAAUACAAAUGUUUGAUGCAAAUGAGGAGUUAAAAAAAAUCCUUACAGGUUAUGGUAUUAACGACGGUCAUGUAUGGGGUCCUAGCGACGUAACCAUGGAUAUGGAUGAAAAUAUAAUAAUAUCAAGUAAUCAUAAACUACAAUUAUUUGAUAAAUAUGGUGUUUUCAUAAAAGAAUAGAUCAUAAAGAUGAUGGAUUAGACACCCCUUCAGGAAUUGCUGUAAUCUCCAAUAGACCAAGAAGAGUAGCAGUAGCAAACCACAACGCCAACAAUGUUAAAAUAUUCAACUACUAAAUCUGUAUUAAAAACAUUAAACAUUAAUAAUUAGAUAAUUGCAUGUCAUUCACUAGUGGACAUUAUCAUACGAAGAUUAAUAGAUUAAAUGCAUUAAUCUAACCUAUGAUGAUAUUGAUGUUGAUGAUAUUAAUGAUUAUAAUAUUCUAACUGUGAUGAUUACAAAAUGUCACAAAUGGUUCACUGAAUUUUGUGCCAAUAUUCAAUGUACAUACCGUACACAUGUUUGUACCUUAAAGUAAGUUGGCACACAGGUAGACAAUGAAUAUUAUUAUUUCUAUUGUCUGUGAAAAGACUUGAAAAGACACACGUCUUGUUUUGCCUUUUUAUUAUUCUGACCUGACGUUAUUGCAUACAUCAGGCCCGUAGCUACAGUAGAA